AUGAAAUUAUUAGAAACCAAAUAUCGAUCAACUGGAUCUAAUGGUGAAUUAAGAACAUUAGAUAUUACUUUUAGUGAGGAUUCUUUUGUAAUGUCUCCGAAUGAACCUACUUUCGUUAAUCCCACAACAAAAACAAAGAAACUGGAUGAUAUUCCAAAAUGUCCGACCUGUGAUGAAGUUAAUAAAAAUAAAUCUGGAGAUAUUUAUGAACAAUUUAAAGAAGCUGAUGAUGAAAUGAUGAGAAUGGAUAAAAAAAGAAAAGAUUCUAUUGAUAUGGCAGCAUCACCUUCAUCAUCACUACCACAAGUCAUUCAUCCAAAAGCAUUGAAAUAG